AUGUUAUUGCCAAAGAUUAUGAUCGCAGCGUGUUGCCUGUCAACCUCAACACUAGCCGCAACGUGGCCAUCAUCUAUCGCGGGGCUGCCAGACAACCUCGCCGAGACCCCAACUGCAGCCACAGACUAUGUAUCCCAAUGGGCGAAAUUUCUGACGAACACCAUCAAGGAAAUCUACAACCCAGAAACCUGCGAUUUGAUGAGCGGGACCUACGAGGACAUGAAAUGGUCCUGGCAGUCUGCCGACUCAGAAUGCGACAUGGAAACACAGCGUGACACAAUCUCCGGCGCCGUCAAGCAUUACAUGACCAACGAGGACAACAGGGAGCACCGCCGAGAUUGCGAUACCCAGUGUCUACGCAUAGACGCUACUAGUUAUCGGAAUGGAUGGUUGAAGCUGGGCCCGGUCGAUCGAUUUGAUGAGAAGGCAUACUGUGGUCCCGCUUUGACCUUCCAUUCGUAUUUUGGGAGUGAUAAGGAUUGCUCUGAACAGCAUGUUCUCUGA